AUGCUGUUUCAAGAUGAGCCAGAUGAAGACAGUGGCCCUGGUUUGUUCCAAGAUGAGAAGGAGGAAGAUGCUGGGCCUGUCCUCUUUCAAGCUGAAAGAGAUGAGCCAGUGAUUUGCCAGAGACACAAACCUGGAUCACAGAAUGUUUCUCUGAGCCUUCUCAGGGAUGAGCCAGAAGAAGGUGAUCAACAGCCUCCUCAGGUUCUGUUUGGCAUGGAGGCUGAUGAGCUUUCAGAAGACUCCGCGUACGAGGCUGAUGAUGAGGACACCAAGGAUAUCCAAGCAUUGGUGCAGCUCAGUUUUUCAACUCUGAACCAGUUCUUGACAACAAACUUGAUAGGAAAAGGUGCGCGAGAGCCUACAGCUGAACAAGCCAAGAAAAAGCGGCGCUACAACAAUGAAGGUCGUGCAAAAGACAAGGACGGCGAGUUGGCAGACUACUUGCAAGCCAACACUUCGUUUCUGGUGAAUAUGAAUGCAACUGCAGCAUUCACAGUUCACUUGUGCCAUGAUGAUGAGAUUAGUCACACCCAUGAUGUCAUUGGUGCCUACUUGCGGAACUUGGCAGACUGCAGUCUCCCUGUGAAUGAGCUUCCUCAUUUACGAUGGCACGAGGAAGCUCCGGUGAUUGAAGUGAUGCCACAGGACUGGGUCACCUGCUGCCUAAGCUUCCUCUUCAAUGGUUCUCGCUUGUUCAGAGAGCCCCUUGACUUGAAUGUGAUGCAAAAGGCAGAUGGUGCUGGUGUGGACACCUCUCAGCCCUUCCUGGUCGUGAAGAAAGGCUUUACACGGCUGAUACAUGAUGGCAAUGAGUACUUUUGCUUGAGUUGCAUGUAUCUCUACCUUCAUCUUCCCUGUUCCAUCACUGCCUGUACGUGCAUGGAGACAGUUAACUUCGAGGCGAUCCAGUUGAGCACACAAGGGUCCGAGCGCCAACGCAAAGAUGCAACUCAGCUGUACGGACCAAGGACAACUUUUGAUGAGCGACAACAGACUGAGAGUGGACGCGAGCAAAACGAGUCGGAACUUCUCAAUGAGCUUGUUAGUGCUUACAACUCAUAUCGAGCAAACGCUGCGAUCAAGCGGUGGCAGAUCAGUGGUGAUCAGCAGGCAGCAAUUUGGUGCAUUAUCAUUGGGCUCGAUGAUACAUCACGCUGCCUGCUGCGUUCCCACUUGGACCACAACAAGUGGGAAGAGUCAGGCAUCAUUGCUGAUAUUGGCGCAUUGGUCACACCAGAAGCACAACACUUGCACUUUCAAAAGUACAACAUGUGGUGGAGCAACAAUGCCCGUCGUAUGAAAAAGACGAUGCGGUGCCGCCUGCGGUGGUCAGAAGAGCAGUGGACAGCGAAUGUGAACCACUGUUGCAUAUUUAUCUGGGUCCGUGGCCACUGUGAGAAUGAGGCAUUGCUGACAGCGGAGUAUGGCGUGGUGUGCGCCAACUUGUCCCACGAUUACAAGGAAGCUGUCAGCUACAAUCUGAGAAAGAACAAGGCAGAUGUCAUUGAACAAGAAACAGUGUUGCACAUGAGAGACCAGAUCCAAACCGGACUCAAUGUCGCAGAUGCUUUUAUGCAGAAGCGAUUGCUUAUGGUGUGCGCGGACAAGAAUAAGGGUGUGCGCGGACAAGAAUAA